GACAAAACUACUAGCAUUGCUCUUAGUUGCUUAACCAAUAGGUGUACUAGUGGAAUACUGAUAAAAGGCUUUUAACAGUUUUAUUACUAAUGUUACAAUCGAAAAGAUUUGUAUUAUUACCAUCACAUUAUCACCGUAAAGGUGUGUGCCAAAAAUUAUAAGCUGAAGGAGUGUUGAGACUGCAGGGGACCGGUUGAUUCUUUACAUAAAAUUUCAAUGUGUUCUGGAAAUGGUUUGCAAAGAGGACGUGGUAUCAUGGUUUAAAGAAUUGGAAAGCUAUAAACGCAUAGACGCAAUGUGUACAUUGUUAAACAUGUGCUUACCAUUCGAACUGCGCUUUAUUGGCACUUAUUUGGAAGAACUCGGUAAGCGGGACUUUCAGGAGUUGCGUGGUGCCGAACUUAGAGCCAACAAUCCUACAGAUCUGGCAGCAGAUAUUGGCGGCGCCAAUUCAGAUCCAAGAACGCGACGAAAAAUGGCUUUAUAUGUGUCACUAUUACGUUCAUGUAAUUUUGUUUGUGCGACCACAUUGUACAAUGAAAUGGUCAGUUUAGAGCAGAGUGGUCUACUAAAGGGUUUGUAUGGUGAUCUUUUGGAGGAGAUUCUCUUAUUAUACACUAUGGCGUUACAUCAUCCCGCCUUUACAUUUGAUCAGAAAUCGCAUUUUGGGGAAAUAUUAGAGAAGUUGAAACUUGAAGAUCAGCGAAUACAUUAUCAAGAACAGCAAGAGCACAUUAUUGCCCCAGUGAGUGGUUGCCAUAAUCAAUCAAGUAUUGCACCCAAUAUGACUAUUCCGCCACCCAAUUUGCCUGGCUUGAUACCACCACCACCUGGUAUCAUGUUUGUCAAAACAACAGGAGUUCAGCCUACAAGCACGGAUGGUGUACCUGAAUUGAGUUCACCACCAGUUCUGACAAGUGCUGGUGGUGUAGUGCCAAUCCUAGCGGAAGUCACCCACCCACCUCCCGGUCUGCCGCUGCCACAGUACAACAUGACGGAGUUCAUAGGACAGCAUGCAUGGCCCGCAAACAUUAUUGUGUCCCCAUUAACACAGCCAUUAGAGGUAUUAAAUUAUCCUACGGCUGCGGGCGCGCCUCAGUCGCCGCUGAUGUCGUCUCCAGGAGACAGCCGCGCGGGCUCGCCGCGGCGGCGUCGCCUCUCCCGCGACCGCAGCCCGCCGCUGCCGCCCCUGCCGCCGCUGCCCAGCGCCGUCGCAGAGCCCGCCCCCUUGCCACACAUCACUGCCAACUUUGAAAAUUUAACAGUAGCCGAGAUGCGACAUAAUAUAGGAGAGGAUAGGUUACGUGAAAUCAAUGCAGUACAUCAACAAUAUCGAUCAUUAGAAAAAUUGAACGGAGUGAGAAGACGCGCCGGCGCAUACAUCCCGGCGACGCGCUCCUCCUCCGACAGCGGGUCCAGCGCCGCCUCCUCGCCGCCCGGCACGCCCGCGCCCGCGCAGCGCCGCCACACGCCCUCGGCGCCCCCGCCCGCCCCCGCCCCCGCACCCGCCCCGCAGGUGCCCUACCUCCCCUACCCGCGGCCCUACGCCUACCCGACUCCUCCGCCGGGCUUCAGACCGCCCCAGCCGUCCUUCGCGAACGGCGAACCCCCGCCAUACUCGAAUCCCUCGUACGCCGGCUUCGUGCCCGUCAUAUACGCACCACCCAAACUGUCGUGUUGGAAUUGCGGCGCGGCGGGGCACGCGGGACACGACUGCAAGGAGCCCAGCAUGGAGGAGAUGACUCGUGCCGGGGGCUACCAGCUGGAUUUCGGUGGCGCACCUCCGGAUUCGACGGACAAGUAGCAUUGGUGGCCUCGCUGAGGUGAGUUGUUGACACUAUAGGGCGGGCGCCGCGUCCGGCACGUCCGUCGCGGGCCGCACGCGCGCAGCGACUGCGGCCGGCGCGCUGCCCGCUCAGCAGGACCGCUCAGCCGGGCCCCACAGAUACCCUCGUUUAAUGCAAUCUGACAUUUCUCUAUAUAGAUUAAAAUUAACAGUGUGUACAGUGUUAGUGUUACAUGCGCUUGCUGUAACAUAUUGUGGUGGUAAAUACGCAUCACGCUCUCCAGUGUAUUGCACUUUCAAUAAUUUAUUUUUAUAAAAUUGUAGAUUUAGGAUGAAUUUGAAUUUUGCAGGCAUAGAUAAUCAACUUGUUAUAUAAAUCAGUAGCGGGGCAAUCUUCCUGUGCUAGACUUACCAGCAUAUCUCUGUAGUCGGUAUAGACAUGAUUUACUUACCAUACUGUUAUAUGGUAAUUCUGUCUGUAAUUUUUGUUAACCUUAUUUAUAAAUGUAUUAUGGGGUUAUGUAGUUAAAAUAUGCACAAAAGGCAAUAAAACACGAAGUAAUUAUUUUAGGGAUUGUCAAGAAUAUCCAUUUUUACACCUUAAACAAUCUGACGUUACAUAAGUGGGAAUACACAAGUUAAUUUAUUAUUUUGAUUGAAAAUGAAAAAUACUAGCAAUCCCUGUAAAUAUUUACUCAAUAGUAAAAUGUCACAAGUCAUCUUUUAUAAAUAUUUUCAUUGUCUUAAUAAUGUCUGUUAAAGAUCAAUAUUGAAUGGUCGCAAAUAUAGUUCGUAAUAAAUCGUAUUCUGAGCGGUUUAAAUAUUUUUAGCACAAACUUUUGUAUGUUACUGUGCUAUGACUACAAAAAUAAUCGUACAAAACGUUUUUUUCUAGUUUUUUCAAUGUGAAUUAGGAGUUUAUAUGCGGUAUGACCAAACCAAGAAUAUAAAUAUCGCGGUCUGAGAGUGCUUCAAUAACCUUCAUUGGAUCACUUUAAUUUGUGCAAAGGAUAAGUUUCAUAUUUUUACACAAUUUGACGAUAAUUUUAUAUUCCCGGUUAAGCUAUAAAUAUGCAUGAUUACUUUAUAAAUUGAUCCCAUCUACCCGCUAAACAUUCGAUGGCUCCCACGUAAACUAUCGUAUGUUUUAAAUGCAAAUUUUGAAAGACAUUUAAAUUAAUACGAUAAUUAAGAUACAAUAAACAUGAUGUUUGUAUGUAAUAAAUAACCAAAAUUUUGCAGUUUUUCUUUCUAAGUUCACUUUUAAAUUUGCACAAUAAUUACUUAUCAAGUUAAUUUUAAAACUUUACAAGAUUUUUGAAAAAUUAUAGCUUACGAUAGUUUACGUAGGAGCCCACGUCAUUCUGAUAGUCCAGGGUUAUUAAUGAUUGAAAGUGCAGCACUGUGUUGUUUAAUCAUUUCAUUUUAGAAUGGAGAGGGAAUUCCAUGAUUAAAAAAAUUCUAGUGUACAUACUCAAGCGUUUUUGCUUUCUAUAACGGAUGGUAAUCAGUUUUGAUACAUUCUGAUACUCAAAUUAGAUAUGGAUAUUUUUAAAAAACUUAAAAGUAAUUUGAAAACCAAAAAAAAAAAUGUUUAAUUUAAAAAUGUUGCUUGAUAUCUGUAUAGGUUUUUAGUGUUUUAAGAUUUAUUAAUAACUCUUUUUGUGCCUUUGUAUAAAAAUUGAAAUUAUGGUUAACCAACCAUGUUUUAAUAAUUGCUAUCUUUUCUGUUAUAAUAUGGAUCAAAAUAUUUCCCAAAAACAUUCAUAUAUUUGACUCUUACAGACCUACUUCUCGGUUAGUUAAAAUAUUUACUAUUAUCCAAUUUUCCUAUUAAAGAUUCCUAGAGUUCAAAAGAUCUGUAAAGUGACCUCUUAGAUUGUAUCCAUCUCAUCUGAUCUAAUCUCUGUCUGACAUUAUUGGAGUAAAUAGGUCUAUGCUUACAUAGAGUAAUGCGUGGUUCACACUUGGCCAUUACAGUUGGUCUGCAACAAUCAACAGGUACAAUGUAAAUGCUAACUGGUAUCAGUGUGUCGAUAUAAUCUGCGUCUGGCUGACGCAACUGUCUGUACUGGCCAAAUGUAUACCGCCUAUAAGUUAAUAUAACUCAUAUGCUUUAUAUUUGUAUUUCUACAAUUUUAUUUAAGUUAACAAUUACAAUGAAUUGCUGAGUUAUGAAUUUGAAGUGAAUAGAAAAACUUUUUUUUACUUCUAUUUGGGAAUUAUUAAUUAUUUAUCUGUAAAGCAUGUUAACUUUACAGUUUUGUAACUUAUAUGGAAAAUUCUAAUUUUUGACUGCUUCCUUUGUUAUGAGGAUUCUUAUUUAUACCGAAUGAAUUGAAAGAAACUUAAAUGCCCAGUCUAUUCCCAGUAAUAAAUAAAAAUUGUCAAAAUAAAUUUAGUUUUAGUGCCAUAAUCAAAAUUGUAUGCUAAAAUGUAAUGCCAGUGAAAACAUAAAUUAAGAUUUCUUCUUUUGGCCAUAAUUUAUUAGAAUGAGUUUAGUGACUUUUAUAAUAUUUUCUGCUUUAUAGUCUAUCCGACUCUUAGUGGCCAUAAAUGGAACUAAAUGUCAAAAGUCACUUAUUGAUUUGUCAUGUCUUGUGUACUAUGCUUUGGAUAUUUUCUAAUGGAACUAACCAACGCCAUUGGCCACAUUAAAAGCUGAUUCUGUUGUAAAGAAUUUUGUCAGGAUUAAAGUCUUAAAUUCUGAAAAAUUAGUUCAAGUAUUUUCUAUUUUAUAUAACCUUUAAACCUAUGGUGUUACUUUAAUUUUAGUACAUGCCCAUUAGUACAAGUAGAUUCGUUUUUAGUGUAAUCAGUAUAGGACAAAAUAAUUUUAAGAGUUUUUAAUAUAAUUUUAAAAUUAUCAUUUUCAAAUGGUUCGAUGAAAAAUGAUACGAAUGUUACAUUAAACUAAAGGUGUCGUUACAUCAGCUAUGAAGGUUUUAUUUAUUGUUUCAAUGAUUUUGCAUCCAAGCUGGAAUUCCCCGAAAUUCUACACAUUUUUUAAAAAUCAUUAUAAAUUGCAAUGUAAUAAAAAUACCAUUUGUAAGUUCUAUUCAAAGUUGAAACAUAAAUUGAUCGGUUAGUAAUGUUUCCUUUGAUUCAAGACUGAUUUCUAAUAGUUAUUGUUGAUUUCCUCAACUUCCGAACGUUCGUCCACGAUGGAAACUGGUAUGGGAAUGUACAACAAUGAAAUCUGAUUUUAUAAAAUGACAGUCCGUAUGUUGAAUGAAACCCACAGAACUAAUGAUUAUUUUGAUCAAGCUCAUAAAAUGCAAUGCUCUUAAAAUUAAUAUAAUAUAAGUUUUAUACAUAUAGUCAUUGUAAAUAAUUACAAAUUUUUAAGAGAUAUAACUCGUCAAACGUCGACGUGUUCGUAUUUUGUAAAUAGUUCGGUUUAUAUAUUUAGUAAAUAUUUAGAGAUUGAUUAUAUUUGUAAAUUACAUUGUAAUAAUUCGAGUGUCCCAGUGUUGAUGUAUUUGAUCAUUUUCUCUAUAAUUGUCACAAAUCACAAUUUUGCAUUUGUAUGCUCGUUGGCAACAGUCAAAUUGAAAUGGUUGUAUGAUUUUUUUUGCAUAAUUAUUUUUUUUAAAAUGGUAACAAAUGUACGCGGCGGUGGGAGACUGGGCUCGGCUGCGGGUCGACCUUACAACACAACACAUUCACAUUUCGUUUAUGUAAAGAGCAUUUAAAAUUGCUAAUUUACUAAUGACCUUACAUUUUUAUGAAUGCAAACAAAUAGAACAAUUGUUGUGUUUUGUGUAAAAUUAUUUGCAAAAUUCUAUCGAAUGAAAUUGAAAAUAAAUGAUUGCCGUUAUAUUGUAUUUGUUUUAAAAUAAUAAUAAACUUUAAACACUUGGUACGUUUUUGACUCCACUGUAUAAUGUCUUGUUUGAUUCUACAUUUUAGACAAGUAAUAAGGGACUUUUAGUGUUAAAAUAUAUCCAUAUAUCUACCAAUCCUUAUGAAGGUUGUAUGUCCACAUAUUGUAAUUAUUGUUUUAUUUAAAUCUUAAUAAUUUUAUUACGAUAUUUAAACGAGUUGAAUAGAUUAAAAUAGGAUGAAUAUUAACUUAAUUGUAUGUAUAAGUAUACUUAGCCCUUAACAGCGAUGGCUUUAGACAAUUUGUAGAAUUUGAUGAAUUUAGUUUUUAACAUUGUUAAUUGAGAAAUAUCGACAUGUGAUAAGUACAAUUUCACUUUGGAAUGUUUUUAUUUCAACCACUCAAAGAUUUAAAUACAUCGAUAGACUUAUAAAUUUUGUUAAUGUUGAGUGUCCUAGAUGUUCAAUAAAUUCACAUAUAAGUUGGUAAAAUUUACGCACUAGUCAAAAAUGUGUUUGUUUUUAGUAGCAGGCUCUCUGGCGUUUUUUUAACAUAGUGAUACUACCAUACCUUUAUUAAAAUAAUAUUUUGUUGAUUUUAAUUGUUUGCCCUGUCUAUCUAUGUAUUUAAUUCUUCGUUACAAAUCUGUCAGAAACCAGUUGUUGCGAAAUGCAGCUUUAUUUUGUACUAACAAAAGUAUGAAGAUAUUUUUUUACUUUGUACAUAAUGUUAUAAAUGUGAUAAUUAAAUUUGACAUAAUUAGUGAUUGUGAUUUAGUAAGGUAUAGUUUGAGGAUCCGCAAUUAAAACUCGCUUUACUAAAUCUUACAACUGCCCUACUUCGUACGUAUUUAUAGCGUUGUUUUCCCAUAUUUUUAUAUUUGGGUACUUAUGUAUAAAGUGCUGUUGUAUUGUCUACUUAUAUAUCGUAAAAAAAACUAUUUUCAGGAAUAUGAGUGUUUCGACCCAGUAUUGUAAGAGCUCUGUAUCCCACCAAUGCUGUGAAUCAUUUGCUUCCUGGGAAAUAAAAAAAAAUAUA